CCAUGGGAAUUCACUUCUACGACUCUUGUCCUAUGUCUCCAAUGACCAUGGAGACUCGUCUCAAGCCAGCAAGAGCUAUCGCACAUGCAGGCGUUCCUUGCUUAGUCUGGGCAGAGGACGCUCUCAGCUUUGCUCACUUCGUCCCCACCGAGAUGUUUGCUUUACAACUCCUCAUCCCUGACAAGGACAUAGAGAGGGCUGCGCAAGCCAUCACCUCCAGUUUGCCAUACAGGCGACUGACAGAACCUCACAAGGAUUGGUUGGACUUCGAGUUCAUGGACCCUGAUCAAUGGAGCUGUUUCCCUAAUUCCAUCCGGCUUGAGCUGACACUGCCACAGUCGUCACGGCACGAAGAUGAUCCCGUCGACAUCUAUAUUCACCCGGCAUCUUGGUUUUACUUCGAUGUCAAGGACGAUUCCCGCUCUGUCUCCCUCGUUCCCCCCCUUGCGCCUGCCAACUCGGCUCUGCGAUUUCCAACGCGGACAGCGUUCUUGGACUCUUUGAUCUCGAACAUCCUCGAUCCACCCACUGGAGUUCGACACGGCAAGCUGGACGCUAGACUUUUCACUUACAUCAGUUACAUCAACCUCUACACUCUUCGUGCUUUCCCUCGUGUUCUCCCGAACGGAGACCUCGAACCUGAGCGCGCUGCUGUCUCGGCAAGCCUCAAGCCGGAGAACAGGCGCCUUUGGGAGUCGAAAAUCAGGAACACUUAUAAGGGCUGGAUUGAUGAGGUCACUGCUCGCAGAGCCAUUCUUGAGGGUAUGGGGCGUGUGGCCGAAGCCAGGAAGCCUUUCCCAAAGGAUCGUUGUUUCACUUGGAAAAAAGGAUCACAAGCCAGGGGACUUCACACUUCCACGCUCGUUGGGAGCUCUGCAUCUAGCUCGAAGGCCCUGUUGGUACGCAAUCCAAUGCCGACCCCGCCGAAUGCUGCGAUCAGCCGUGCUUUUACUCGAGCACAGAAUAUCUUACGGAAGAGGGGAUGACCAAGUUGAAGUAGGCUCGUUCCAGCACGCAGAUUUCCAAAGUGUCUUUCGCCUAAAUGACUACCCGAGACCAUGUAACCAUGAAUUUUUAUACCAAUCUCACCUCAUUUCAAGUUCAA